AUUUGAUGGAAUGAAUGGAUAAGGAGAGGGUCAGUGCAUGAAGAACUAAUUGUACACCUUUAAAAGCAUAUCCAAUAACUAAACAAUUACAUGAAGCACGUGAAGUGAAAACAUGUAGUAGUUUUUACACUAUUACUUUCUUACGGCGGACAAGCGCAUGUGAACACCGGACGUGCGUGCUUCCGUAAAGCAGUGACAAAGAUGGCGGCCGCCGCCGGAUCAGGCGUUGUUGUUCCCCGCAGCUUUCGGCUGCUGGAGGAACUGGAGGAAGGCCAAAAGGGAGGCGGAGACGGUACAGUGAGCUGGGGCCUCGCAGAUGAUGAUGACAUGACGCUAACUCACUGGAAUGGCAUGAUCAUUGGCCCCGCCAAGACUGUCUAUGAAGGCAGGAUAUACAGUCUAAAAAUAGAAUGUGGCCUCAGAUACCCGGAGCAUCCUCCUCUUGUCCGCUUUGUGAACAAGAUCAACCUGAGUGGCGUACACAGUUUAAAUGGUGUGGUGGACAUAAAGGCAGUGUCAGCGCUGUCCAGAUGGAAAAACUCAUACAACAUCCGGAUGGUGCUGCAGGAGCUCAGACAGCACAUGAUGAUGAAAGAGAACAACAGGCUUUCCCAGCCACCCGAAGGCCAGGUGUACAGCAACUGAGGCUCCUGCUGCCACCCCUCCCUGACAUACACACAAACCCACACAGAGGCAUACACGUACAUACACAGCAUCUUAAACACUUGACCGACUGACUCUACCACUUUUAAACUACACAACCAUCAUACUAUCUGAGACUCUCGACUCCCACUUCCUACCUCGGGAGCCUCCCAUUGGACAGGGAGGAAUGGGCAGGUGAACCUGACCUCCUCAUCCAUUGCCCAGUCAUCCAUUAAAGUACACGGUGCAAAUCAGAUAUUACAAAACAAGAAUACUGUACAUCUACUAAUGUUUUUUAAUUUUUUUUAUCAUCUUUGUGUUCUACAUCCAGAUUGUAAAAUGACAAAUGACCUGAUUGAUUUGUUUUGUGUGCUGGAAUCUUCACAAGUGGUGAUAGUUAGUCCCUGUUAUAUGGGUAUUUUGGUGAGGGAUUCGAAUCAACUCACAACAAUAUAUUUCUGUAACCCUGCCUGACAGAUAUCUUAAAUGUUCUGAUCUUUCAGUUGUUUUUUUUAAAACAACAAACCUCAAUAUCUUGCAGUAUGCCGAAUGUAUGCUCAAAGAGACAAAAAAUUACCCCAAAUAAUGCUUUGCUUGGUCUCCCAGGCCCUGUUAGUCUCAAAUGCCCCAGCUUCCGCAAUCCCGACGAUGUGAAUUAGACGGGCCUUCCUUAAACCAGUGCAUGUCUGGUACAUGGGAUCAACUGCUAUUAGACAUUCAGCAGAGUAUGUAUUAACAGGGCAGUGCGUGCUCAUCACUCAUGUUCUCAGACUUCUUCUGUGUGCCAUAUGGUUCAUAGCGCUUUGUGAUAGUGAUUGAUUAUUAGCAGCCAGUGGGAGGGAUGUAGGGUGGGGGGUGUGGGUACAGGUCCUUGUGCUAUCUGUCUCCGGAGAACAUAAAGUUUGUAUGCUUGGAACCUUCUCGGGAUCACCACUGUACUGUGGCCUGUGCUGAGCAGGAGGAGCUGUGAUUUGUUUUUGGUUUCUUGUGUUGGUUUCUUCAGUCUGGGCUGACCUGAGUAUCCUCCAAGGAGUCGCCUAUUCUCUCAAACAGUGAAUGCCCACUGAACGCAAUGUACGGCUUUGGAUGUUUAUUUUAUAACGGGUUGAAUCUAAUCAGGAUGAUGGUGACCUGUUGCAUGGUUUUAUUUGAAUUAAACGUUAUUACUUUUGCACGCA